UGUCAUACGCAGAUCAGAGAACCAGGAAAUGUCUCUAAGGUAGAAGUGACGGACGGUGACGAACUAAGGGUUACAAGCGCUGACCGCCAUAUCACUGCAGGGAGGUCCACUGUGGGAGAUGCGAGCGGCGUUGCGCCUGGCAGUAGUGGCUGUCCCUAUGGGUGUGCUGCUGUCCCGGACCAUGGCGUGGAUGUCCAGCGGCAAAACUCAUCCAGAGCUCAUUAGCAGGCUGAGGGAUCAUGGCGUGAUCCGUGAUGACAGAGUGUUCAAUGCCAUGUUGGCAACUGACAGAGGGAUUUACUCCAGAGACUAUCCUUAUGCAGACUCUCCUCAGUCCAUAGGCUACAGGGCGACCAUCAGUGCACCACACAUGCAUGCUCAUGCGUUGGAGCUGUUAAGUGACAAAUUAACUGAAGGGGCUUCUGCACUGGAUGUAGGUUCAGGAAGUGGAUAUCUCACUGCAUGCUUUGCAAGAAUGACAGGGCCCAGUGGUAGGGUGGUUGGCAUUGAACACAUUGAUGAACUGGUGCAAAUGUCGAUAAAAAAUGUGCAAGCUGACGACGCAGAGCUGCUCUCCUCCGGACGCAUCAGACUUGUAGUGGGAGAUGGAAGACUUGGCUUCCCAGAUGGAGCGCCGUAUGAUGCCAUUCAUGUGGGUGCAGCUGCAGCUACUGUUCCUAAGGCUCUCCUGGAGCAGCUGAAGCCAGGUGGGCGGUUGGUUCUUCCAGUGGGCCCUGAUGGUGGCAAUCAGGUGUUAGAGCAGUAUGAUCGUCAGAGUGACGGGACGUUCCUCAAGAAAGCUCUGAUGGGAGUGAUUUAUGUGCCCUUGACUGACAAGAGGCACCAGUGGCCUGGAGGUGAGCUCUGACUGCAGUGUGGUUGCCCCUGCAGGAGGUGGCGUUGGUGCUGCGUCUCUGGGGCCGUGUAGCACUCCUCACAGUUUCACUGAGCUCCUGUCUUAACAACCUCCUGCUCGGCUGGGUUGUCACCUAGCAACGUACAAGGAGGAUCUUGCUCUGUUUGCUUGACCAGAUUGUCUUCCCAGGGAGCUAAAACAAUGAGUGAUUGGAUAAGUGACUGUGCGUCUACUGAUUACCCUUUUCCCAGAAUGCUUAGGAUCGGGUAGAGAGUUAUGUGAAUAUGGUGAUGGACAAAAAACAGUUGUACACAGUGUUGUUCAUGUGGAAGCUUGUGGAGUUUGAUAUAUUUGCGGUUACAUCUUGAAAAGCAACAGUGUGUGUUACUAUGGAUGGUUGUGGGGAAUUCAGAUGAAUUGUAUAAUCUUAUGGUAAUGCUUUGAUCAUGAAUACAGAAAUGCAUAAAGACAACCCUGAGUACAAGCCAAGGAAUUUCAAUAGAUAUUUAGUAAAUUAACAAAGUAAUAUAUUUUCUGGUAAGAUGGCUUCUUACUUGCAUCAUAAACUGUAUGUGUGGAAUUCGUCCUGUUUGACAUUUUUAUAGUAGAGCAGGGGGAAGUUGGGACGAAAAGUGAGGUAUUUUUAAACUAUACAAAUAUUGUAAUUAUGUGUAUACAGUGCAUUUAUUAAUAAAACUCACUAAAUGAA